AAACCAUGAGUCCAUCAUGGGACAGGUGCGAGCUCCGGUUUGACGAGCUGCCGUUGUACACAAUGCGAAAAGAGCCGAGCCGGAGAAACACUUUCAUUUAACAACACAAUCACACAAGCGCGUUACGGCCAAUCAGACACGACGUUUUACGGGGAAAAUGUCCGCCAAAGAAGAGACGUAUUCAGCACAAAGUGCGCAGUAGUUUAAUGGGAGCGGCGACCUGAGCAGAUAUGCCAGCCGACGACAAGGUGGCCAUCCUGUCGGAUGACGAGGAGGAGCAGAAGAGGAAGUACGUGUUGGCGGAGCCGGCCGGCGCUUCCUCCGCGGCGCCGCUCCCCUCGGACGCGCCGCCCGAGCAGCCGGCGGGCUCCCGGGCCGACUCCGUCGACUGCUGCGAGAGGAUGUGCCUCCGCAUCAACACCCGCCUCCUCGUCUCCAAAGUCUUCUACUUCUUCUUCUACGCCGCCUACGGCUCGCUGCACCCCCUGCUGGCCGUGUACUACAAGCAGCUGGGCAUGUCGGCCAGCCGCAGCGGGCUGCUGGUCGGCAUCCGCUACUUCAUCGAGUUCUGCAGCCCCUUCUGGGGGGUGGUGGCCGACCGCUUCAAGAAGGGCAAGGCCGUCCUUCUCUUCUCCCUCCUGUGCUGGCUGUUCUUCAACUGCGGCAUCUUCUUCGUGAAGCCGGCCCAGAUGAUGUGCGUGGAGAAAGGCGCCGACGGGCGGCGCCCCGCCGACGUCGGCCUCCCGCACGAUAACUUCACGCAGCUGAGCAACUCCACCGACCACGCCCGAAAACGCCGGGGCCUUCUGGACGUCCUGGCUCCCGAGGCCCUGGACUCGUACUCAAGCGGCGUGCACCUCAGGCACGAGCGGAGCGCCGACGCCAACGCCACCUCGCCGCCGGCUAACACCACCCUCCCGCCACCCGGCACCACCUUCCCCACGCCGAACGCCACCCUGCUCACCACCACGAGCGCAACCUCCCCUGCUCCGACCAAGGAGUACCAGGUGAUCUACAACAAGGACCAGGUGGAGAGCAUCUUCCUGCUCAUCCUGCUCGUCAUCAUCGUGAGCGAGUUCUUCAGCGCCCCCACCCUCACCAUCGUGGACACCGUCACCCUGCAGAACCUCGGGAAGGCCCGCGACCGCUACGGCCUGCAGCGGAUGUGGGGCUCGCUGGGCUGGGGCAUGGCCAUGCUGCUGGUGGGCAUCUGGAGCGACCACACGUACUUCACGGUGGCGAUCAGCGGCCUCGGCUGCGAGUUGCCCGACUUCCGCCUCCACAACUACCAGAUCGCCUUCAUCGCCUUCGGCGUGCUGAUGGCGGUGGCGUUCGGCGUGGCCACGCAGUUUCACUUCGAAGAAGACGGCGACCGGCGGCAGGAGGCGGAGGAUGCCGGCGCCCAGGCGCCCGUGUCCGCCCCCCCGGCGCUGACCCCCGGCGAGGCGGCCCCCGAGUUCCACUACGGCGACCUGCUGAAGCUGCUGUGCAGCGUGCGCUACAGCUCCGUGCUCUUCGUGGCCUGGUUCAUGGGCUUCGGCUACGGCUUCGUCUUCACCUUCCUGUACUGGCACCUGCAGGACCUGCACGGCACCGCCACGCUGUUCGGCGUCUGCUCCGUCCUGGGCCACGCCUCCGAGCUCGCCACCUACUUCUCCAGCCACAAGUUCAUCGAGCUGGUCGGACACGUCAGGGUGCUGUACAUCGGCCUGGCCUGCAACACGGCUCGCUACCUGUACAUCUCCUACCUGAAGAACGCCUGGACCGUGCUGCCCAUGGAGGUCCUCCAAGGUGUGACGCACGCCUCGGUUUGGGCCGCCUGCAUCUCCUUCCUGAGCGCGGCGGUGCCGCCGGCCCUCAGGACGUCGGCGCAGGGCAUCCUGCAGGGCCUCCACCUGGGCCUGGGCCGGGGCUGUGGCGCCAUGGUGGGGGGGGUGUUCGUCAACUACUUUGGCGCGGCGGCGGCGUUCAGAGGGAUCGGCAUGGCCUCCCUCGUCAUCCUCCUGGUCUUCGCCCUCAUCCAGUGUCUGACUGGAGACGCCGAGGGCAAAGAGGACCAAAUGCUGGCAGAGAACAUCCCGGUUCCCUCCAGCCCGGUUCCCAUCGCCACCAUCCACCUGGUGCAGAACCAGUCCGCCGCCGGGAGCCCCGCCCCCCUCCGCAAGGCCGCCGCGCUGCCCGUCAAGAAGACCAAGCACCAGGAGGAGCAGGAGGACCUGAACAAGCCGGCCUGGAUGCUCUCCGGCGCCCCCUGGGUCACCAUCGCCUUCGCCAUCGUCCAGAUCAGAGAGAUGAUGAACGCCAAGAAGAAAGAAGCUCCGCCCUCGGAGACGCAAUCGCUGCAGGCGCCCAACGAGGAGCCGCAGGCCGCGGACGAGGCGACGCGCGGAAACCCGAGUGACGACGGCGCGGAAACGCCCACGCCACCGAACGCCACGGACUCCUGACGGGGACGUGGAACGAGCACUUUGGUGUGAGGAACCAAAAGUCUGAAAUACUCAGAAGUUUGAAGACUCGGGUUGUUUUCUGCAGAGGGGGGCGGGGCGGGGCGGGGGUGUACGUUUCGAGCCUUCGCCUCUUAGAGGUGCUCGAAUCAAACGCACCGCUGUAUUUAGGGUGUGAAGGAACGUCCGUCAAAGUUAUUUAAUAACUUAAUUUACUUUAAAAAGUGGAGAGAAGCGCUUCAUAAGGGAAAUAUUUAAAACAAACCUUUAAUCCAGCUCCUUAAAACCUGACUUUCUAUAAACUGAAUCAUUUCAUUUAUUUAUUACGCAGCCUUUUCUUUUACAGAAAACCUUCUGUGCCUUUUUGGAGUAAUCGUUGAAAUACUUUAGAAGUAUUUUCUAAAUAUUAGUCAAUGUUGGAUUUGCGUCAGAUUUAUUCACCCUUAAAUACUAAAUCAUUAUUAUUAAUGUGAGACGUCUGCGUGCAGUGUUUCCUGGUGGAAGCUGCCAGCAGCCGACACGCUCUAAUUACUGUCUUUGUUUUCUACUUUCAUGCCAAAUAAUAACCAGUAUUCUGUGUUUAUCGUUUGUCUGGAGGGAAAAAGGCCGCAGAGAGUCUGUUGUUUGCUUUCCUGCCAAUUAAACAAUUAAAGGGUGUUUGUUCGUUGUCCCUUAAUUCCAUCAGUGUUCUUAUUUUUCUCACACAAAUUGCUUUAAUGUGCGGUGCGUUUACCGUCCUCGCGAGGACACACAGGGUGAGACGUGUAGAAGUAAAGGAGCAUCAUUUACUUUUACUCAUUUUAUUCACGUUAUUAUUUCCAACCGGACGCAUCUUACUUCUAAGUCUUUUUACUAAUAAAUAAAGUUACAUCUUGAA